UGGACAGACUGCAGCAGGAGCGGGACAGAUGGACGGCGUGGGGGAAGGAGGGGGUCGGCGUGGGAGCCUGUGCGGCCAUGACGGACAGACUCACAGAGCUCUGGGACGAGCUGAACUCCCGCCAGGCGGAGCUGGAAGCAGCUUUCACUGCCCAACUGUGCCUCCGUGAGCACUGCCAGCUCCGUGCAGACACAGCACAGGCGGUUCUUUUAGGGUCCUUCUGGUAUAAAGACUUUGGGCUGCCAGGAAUCUGGGGCUGCAGAAACCCUGAAAAAUCCCUGGGUGUGACCCAGCACAGAGUCCUGCCCGUGCUAAAGAGACUCAUCCAACUACUGGAGGAGAACAAACAAACAGGCAUAUCCUCGAGCAUCCACUGCUGGCCCAGUUCAGGCACAUCGGCGAAACCGCCAUUCGGUCCAGAGGCGGACUCCCAAGCGUGGACCACAUCCGUACCGGCAGUCAAAGGAACCUCAGCCCAGUCCGUGAAGGACCCAGCGGGCGGGGUCCAGCCUCGGGACCCGGGGGGGUCCAGAAGGCCCUCGGCCCCCCAGGCCAGCCCACCGCGCACCCAGAGAGCCGCCGCCGCCGCUCCCCCCCACGUCCACGCGAAAGACGCCCAGCUGCGGAGGGAUCUGACCGAAUACGUCUGCGUGCCGAUUCUGACAGAGGAGGAGUGGGACAGGCUGCUCGAGCUCUCGCCGCUCUUCCAGCUCCUCAGACGGGUGGAGCAGCAGCUGAGGGGCGGAGCCAAAGAAGCAGGGCUACUCAGGGGAGGGGCCCAUGGCAGGGGGCAACCUUUCCUGGACCUGCUGGACGCGCAGCUGGAGUGUGAGGGGGAGCUCAUUCCUCUUGACUUGAGAACAUUGAGUCCUAGGGAGUUUUUGGUGUAUCAGCACGGGCUGUUCCUCCUCCAGGCACUCCACACCCAUUCUCAGAUGCCCAAUGUUACCCUCCGAGUUGCCACCAGCCUUCCCACAAAUAACUACCACCACAAUGCCUUCCGAAACUCCUUCCUUUACCAGGAGGCAGAACAGACGUUGUUUGUGAGACGGCAGCGGCUGCGGUCUGCGGGGGGGUUCUCCCUGCUGCUGCUGCACUGCAUGUCUCAUAUUGCAUCUGGAGACAUGAGCCUCGACGCUAGCCCCGCCUUCCAGAGGACGUUCCAUACGGUACUGGAAGUGUGCCUCAGUGAGCUGUUCCUGACCAGACUGGGCACUCCGCCAACUGUGAGGGAGAAGCCCGCAGAGGAGGAUGUGGGUGGGGGCGUUUUCAGCGACCUGCAUUCCCAGCCAGCCAUCGACCUUUUGAUAAAGCGGAUGCAGAGACCAGCCAGCAUGCUUCUUUCUGAAGAUCUGCUGCAGGAGCAUCUGGCUAAGUGGAGGGAGGAGUCUGCCUUCCGGCGGGUGGAGAGCCUGAUACGGCAACAGAGCUUGGAGGAGAAAGACAGAGGAGGGGGCUGCAGCCCUGCCCAGCCCCAGUGCUCGAGGAAGGAGGAGGAUGCCAAAAUGGAACAACACUGAGACGCUGGCAUGAUUGAUGGCGGUGUUCGGAAGAGGCCGGAAAUAUUCAGGCUACUGCUUUUCUUGAAAUUUUGCAACCACUGAAAAUCGAUAUCAUACCUACCAUAAAAUAUGAUGGUGGAUGCCUACUUCAAUCAAGAAAUGGUUGACUGACUACAAAAUUGCUGUUUGAUAAUGACCAUAUCAGACCUGAACCCAACUGAAAAUUUGUGUUUUGAAUGGAAGAAAAGAAAAAAGAGGAAAUGUCUCACUGCAACGCUGUCUUUUUUAUACUGAUUACCCGUCUUAAAAUGCAUAUAUUAAAGAUAGAACCCCAGGGAACUGCGCACAUUCCUAAACCCAUAGGUUUCUUUCACAAGCACUUCUGUGUGUGCCCAAAUCACACAAAGACUGAGGGGGGAAUCCACAAAAGGACUGUAAUGUUUUUGUGCCCUUUAAAUUUUCACAAGUUCCAGAAAAAAAGAAUACACGGCGACUGCGCUACCAGGGAAACUGUGGCACGGUGUGCUGACAGGGUCGCACAAACUGAAAGUGUGUUGCCCUGGUUCUUACUCACAGCCAGAGGGCAGCAUAAGACUGACUUUGCGUUUUACUUUGCACUUAUUACCUGAAUCGUUGUUUCCACCUGUGUCUUUUAGCCUGAGUAUUUACUUGCCCCACAUCCCUUGUUUGUCGCUCAAUCUUGGAGUUUACUUCCUCGUGUUUGCCUGCUGCCUUGUUUCCUUGUGCUAGCUGAUUCAUGAGUAAUUUUUGCUAAACAUUAGUAUCUCAUUUGUUGUGAUGUGCAGGCACCACUUUUUAUCUUUCAUUGCCAAUUACCUGACUCUGUGCUUCAGCAAUAACAACUUUAUAAUGUCUAUUGAUUGAACGCAACACCUUUUCCUUGCAAUUUUGACAACAAAGAUGACAAUGAACCAGCCCCCUGUAAUUCAUUGUCUUCUUCAUUUUCAGUAGGCUAUUUUAUUGUACUCGGACAACUAUUUUGACAACUCCAAUAACCAUGUUACUUUAGAAAAUAAUCAUUCAAAAUGAUCCAAUUUUGUGAAUUGAGAUAGUAAGCUGUUCCAAGAAACCUUGAAGAGAUCUAUUUGCUGCUCAUUCAAACGAUCUUGUCUGUGGCCCUAUAGUUCCUUUUUUUGUCGUUAUUAAUUCCUGUACUAUUAUCUGUGCAA